AUGCAUGUGGAAUUCUUCUGUCUUCUUUCUUAUCUGCCUCUGUUUUGCUCACUCUUUUUCCUUCCCUUCUCUUAUUCUCUUCUCCUUUUCUUUCUUUCCCUCCUUCCAUUCCCUUUUUUCCUUCCUUCCUUUUAUUCUCUUCUUCUUUUCUUCUUUCUUUCCCUCCCUCAAUUCCUUCUUUUUCACCUUCUUUCUUUUCUCCUUUUCUCCAACUCCUAUUCUCUCCUUCCCUCUCUUUCCUCUUAUAGUCUUUCACAUUACAACAUUGUCCAACAGUUUCUUUUAAAAUAUCAUGCAGGUAAAUACCAUUUUCUUUUUUACAUUUUCUCUUUCAAGCAGAUUUUCCUAAGCAAUGUUUCCUUUCUUGUUUCUUUUUCUCUGCUUUUUUUUUCUUCUCCUCCUCCUUCUUUUUUCAUCCUUUCCCCCUUUUUUCUUUUAGUUUUUUUUUCUCCUCUUUCUUUCAACUUUUUCCCCUUCUUUCUCUUUUUCUUUUCAUCUUUUUCCUCUUGCUUCACUUUUAUUUUUUCUUAUUCCCUUCCUUCCUUCAACUUUUCCCCCUUCUCUUUUAGUUUUUUCUUCUUUUUCUCCUUAUGUCAUCUUUCUCCCCCUUCUUUCUUUUAA